AUGCGCUUUCACAUCCUCUCUGUCCUCUCUCUUGUCGGCGCCGGCAUGGUCGCUGCCACUCCAAUGGAGGGCUCUCUGUCCGCCCCCGUGAAGCGCAGCAGUGACUCUACCCAGACCAAGGUGCAGGAGGCUGCUGCUGCCCUGGCCGGCAACAAGAUCGAGGACGAGUCCGAAACCUCGGACUGCGUUGGCUCUCUGCUUUGCUGUGGCUCCCUCACAACCCCUCUGGACCACAUUGUCGAUCCCAUUCUGGAGGACCUCGGCAUUGACGUCGCUAACAUUGUUGGCUCUAUUGGUCUGCUGUGUGACCCCUACGAGGCUUCCACUUGCGACUCUGCUCCCCAGUGCUGCACUGAGGCCAACCUUCUGGGUGGUACCCUUGCUCUCGGAUGCUCUGCUCUGAAACAGUAA